AUGCAUGAAUUAGUAAUUGAUUUUACUGAUUCAACAGUUUUACAAGAAAUAGAUUCUUACAGAGAAAUUAAUAAUGCUCUUAUUCUUAUUAAAAAAAUACUUAAUAAUAACCAAAUUGUUGAAACUGUAUUAGCAGAGCAAUUAGAAUAUAAGCAAGGUGAUCUGGAUGAUUCUGAUAAAGAACUACCAAAAAUUACUGCUACUGAAAAAUUAAACAGAUUAAAAACUUUUAUUUCAUUUACUGAACAAAUGUAUAAUAAUUUUUUUUUUCUUAACUAUUUUUUUAAAACACCAAUGGAGGAUCAAAUUAUGUUUAAUAAAUAUUCUGCAAAUUUUCCUUAUAACAAUAAUUUCUCAGAUGAUAAUGAUGACUUUUUUGGUGAUAACUUUUCUGAUAAUUACUUUUCUAAAUAUGACUUUCUUAACGAUAAUUUUUCUAACAAUAAUUUUUCUGAUGAUGAUUUUCCUGACAAUGAUUUUCCAGAUGAUGAUUUUUCUGAUGAUAAUUUUCCUAAUAACAAUAAUAACUUUUCUAAUAAAGAUUUUUUUGGAGAUAACAAUUUUCCUAAUUGUAGCAGUUUUCCUAAUAAUUAUGACAACUACUCUGAUGAUUAUGAAAAAUAA